AUGGGUGUUGACUCGAACAAGCCACCUCCACUUCCUGCCCCGACCGAGACCGAUUCCGUCACCCCCACCGAGCUGGCGACCGAUGUCUCCAGACCUGCUGACGAAGCUUCUCAUUACUCCCUCCCUGACGACGGCACUCCCGUUACCAUCAAAACCCGAGGCCACAGGGCCAGCCGUUCACAAACCUCGCUCCUCAUCGAGUAUUUUGAAGGUGGCAAGCCUGGCCCCUCCGGCACCAUCGACCGCAAGCCCAGCGUUCGCGUCCGUUUGACCCCGUCCAAGAAGAACCGCCACGACCACAUCCAGAUCACAGAGACCAACGGCAACACCCGCAAGGCUUCGCUGACCCGCCGUGUGCCUCUGCCGCCUCCGACAGGCUCGUCGCAUCUCGAGGUUGAAGACUUGGAGGGCGAGGACGCGGAAAGCAUGCGGUCUUACGCCUCCGCCACGGAGGAGUCCAAUGUUUCGAGGAACCCAAUAGACAUUGAAAUCGACCGCAGCGGACGGCGUCGUCGACCAGCGAGCCCGUUGAUCCCUGACGGCGAUGCUCAAUCUUCGUACCUGCCUCCCAACAUGUCCGACAUAUCAGCCAUCCCCCAGGACAGCUUCCUUGACGGCUCCGGCUCCACCGUUCUGACGAGAAACUCCGAGAGGCGCAGCAAGAGCUCGACUCGAGGUAACGAGCUGGCCGCUGGUGCCGUCGGCGCAAUGGCCGGUGCUGCGAUAGCUGAUCAGGCAAAGAGCAGUAGAAGCAAGAGGCAUAGUGGCGAAAGAAAAGCGUCCGGUGAAAGAUCCUCGAGAGACAAAGACCGCAAGCACCGUUCGAGUAAAAGUCGAACAAGUAGUGUCAGCGAGAAGCAGUCCGAAGGAACGCGGUCACCCCGCCGACGGUCGAGUCGGAGUCAUGUUGACUCGGUUGUGUCUGGGGCAGAUUCCAGUCUUCUAUCAUCCAGCAUUUCUCCCAGUCACCGCUCCUACGAUCAGAGCUCCGUCCGCUCUGGCGCUUCCAAAUCGUCCAUCAACAACCCGAAACUACUAGAGACUGUGGAAGAUGCAAUUCGCCGGCUGAUUCUGCCGGAACUAAGCGCCCUAAAGAGGGAGCAGAGCAAGCGCGAAAGCCGCCGAAGCUCCCUUACAUCCACCGGCACAGGGACAUCCCUUUCUCGUGAGGAUCUCGGAGUUGAUCGACGCAGAUCUGCCGACAAACGCAAUGAGUCCGGCCGCGACAGCCGACACCGAGAGCGCAGGGACCGGGAGGCCCGCCAUGAUUAUGUCGACUCUCCCCGAAGCAUUGCCGGCGAAUCGGUAGAAGAAUCCUCCAUCAUAUCCGUUGAUGAUACACCGCGGCGGAGUGAUGGCGCUCUCAAAGCCGCCGUUGGCGGUGCAGCGGCCGCUGGUCUCGGGGCCGCCGCCUUGAAUGCAGCAUCGCCAUCCUCGGAGGAGCCAAGGCAGCGUAGGCGCCGGCGUGUCGACAACUCAGCCAGGAGCAGGAGCGUCGGCCGUGAGAAGUACGACGAGGAGUUUCACGAAGAACAGCCACCUGCGCCUCCGAUGCCAUUGAUGAGUGAAAUUAACCCCUCCGAAAUCACGAGAACCUCGAUUCUUUCGGCCGAGACCGAUCGACCCCAUUCUGCCAUGGAGGAGAGAGCCUCGGUUCAGGAGGUUGCCCGGGGCAACGCCUCCAUGGGCUCAUCACCAACACCAACCCAAACGCCCGCGUUGGAUAUGCCACUGACGCUCGGCACAAAGCACGCCAAUAUUUCUCAUGGUGACCUGAGGGAACUUUCUCGCUCAAGGACUGGAGAUUUCGUAGAUCAGCGCGAAGCGGACGAAUUCAGCCAAAGCCCCUCUCAGCAAAUUCGCGAUGAGUACGACGACGACUAUGACGAGCAAAGCCGCAUUACGGAGAGCGAAGGCGACUAUGCCGACUCCCACAACGGAUUCGACUACUACAACACUCAAGAUGUGCCCCCACCGCUAAAGUAUGUUCCGUACCAACCCGAACGGCGCGGCCUGAGUCCCAUCUACAGUGUUUCCGGAUACACAGAGGCAGGAAGCGAGACAGCCGCGCAGCGCGACUCCAGACUUUCUCACGGAACCGCUUCGCCCACGAAGUCGCAGGCGUCUCACACUGAUCUGAGAGCCCUCUCGCCCGCUUCGGCGCCAAGCAAUGUCGUUAGCCGCGGUUUCGACGAACAAUCUAUUGAUGACCGCAGCAUCAAGAGCGGCCAAGACUACCGAAACAGCCAGUACACAGAGGGCAGCGAGAUUGGUGCUUCCACUGGUCAGGCUGUCCGGGGCAUCGCUGCCAACCCCAACAUCAUCCAUGUGCCCCACGGAGUAGAGUCCAAUGUGGCUUCUCUUGUGGAUGGAUCUAUGCUUGAUCAGUCCGUUCUCACUACCGGAUCUGGUUACGAUUAUAGGGACUCGCAGGCCUCGUACGGCUACGACUCCAAUCUUUCGUAUGGUCCGGACUCCCGCGUGUCCUAUGGCAAAGACUCGAACGUUUCGUAUGACGACCAGUCCAAGAUGCAGCCUCGAUCCCGAGAUGUCAGCCCCGAAAAGCGCUCUGUUGCCGACCAGCGUGAGUUCUUUGAGCAGCGUGAGCGCGAGAGCAGCCGAACGCCCACCUCAAGCCGCCAGAGCCACCGUUCGAGGGAGUUUGCUGGAGAAUACGAACUCGAUGAGUACGGUAGGAAGGUUGCUCCCGCUAGGUACAGAAACUCUCCCUCUACGUCAACAACCAGACAUUCCCCGACUGCUUCGGAGAAGGCCAUUGCCGCAGGGGCUGUAGGCGCUGCCGCAGCUGCCCUCAAGGCCGCCAAGGACAAGACAAAGCAGCCAACAGUGGAGGAGGUCGAUGAGGAACACGAGGAAUGGGCCCCUGAAGGUGUCUCGAGAAACAAAUCGUUCAAGCAGCGAACAAUGGAGGGUCGCGAGCCCGCAAACACCCCGGCUCACAGCAUCGACCGCCUUGACUAUGAGGAGCAUCCCAAGAUGGGUGCCAGUGCCAUGCCCACCUUUGAUGACCCGAUGCCCGAGGUUGGAUACGUGGACGAUGAUGUCUUGACAAACCCGUCUCUGGUUCGCGAGCCGCUCGGCGGCAGCGACCACGACGAUCGUGGUCAUUGGCCGGGCGAUAUUACUCCUCGCCAAGGUACCCCUCGCCAGAGCGACUAUGGCAAUCACCAAGAACACGACACAGAGAGGCACAACGGCCACGGUUACGGUAUGCUCGCCGCUGGCGCCGCCGCCGGUGCUGCAGGUGAUGCAGCCAUGUCACAUAGCCGACAAGCAAGCGGAGACCAUGAAGAUGAGUGGCGUCGCACGUCGGCUGAGCGAAAGCGGGAUACUGUCAUCACAAACCCUUAUGACGGUGCGAGCCCGGUCGCUCACCCAGAUCUUCUCGACGGCAGAGGAUUCGAGGACUAUGGUGCUCCAUAUCACAUGGGUAGUCCUGCUGGACACAAGAACUUCGACGAGGGUUACAUCUCUCAGGGCCCUAUACACUCGCCCAACAUGCAGCCCGCUGGCAAGGCUCUCAUGCCUUUCCACGACCCAACUGCUGAGGAUCCCUUUUACGUUGCUCAGCAUACUCGACACUUGAGUGGUUUGUCUCAAGGCAUGGAGUCUCCUUUCUACGACGCAGCCACUGGCAACGGUAUUGACAGAAUCGAGUCCAAGGAUAUCAUCGCUCUGAUGCAGCAUCUUAUGGUCCGUGACGCUCAGCGAAGUGCCCGCGACACGGAGAUCCUCGUCACGCUCGUCCGUUCUGCGGCUGAGAUGCGUAAUUCUUUCGAUGAUCUCAAAAAGCUUCUCGCCAAUACCGAAGACGUCAUCAUUAAGGAGGUGCAGGAAAACACCGACGAAACGGUCAAGAACGCGGUCAACAACUCUCGCGCUUACCCCGGCAGCCUUCCCCGCUCUGUCAAGGGGUACAGCGGCGCCUCGCAGAAUAGCACUCUAGAUGAGACUGCUAAGAAGAGCAACUUCUUCCGCAAGGCGCUCAAGGGUCUCAGCACCAAGGGUACCAACGACCUCAGUCGGAUCGAGGACAUGCUCAUGCAGCUGCUUGGUGAAGUCGACACACUCAAGGCGCAGACCAUGCGACCCGGCAUGGCCAGCGGGCGACCCUCUUACGAGAACCUCACUCCGGAAAUGCAGUACGAUCAAGACCGGGGCUACGAGCCCGAGGGUCAGGCCGGCACCUCCACCACGAGCCACGGUAGCCAAUCCGGCAUGUCGUCUUUCGCCCAAUCUCGCGGACCCUCCAAGCUGGCGUACGAGUCCAACCGCAUCAGCACAGUCCACGAGGAUAACGAAGAGGACUACAACUCUCAAGACCAGUAUCACAAUCCGCAGGGCCUUCUCACACCUAGCCGUGAGUUCCAGCGUGGCGGAUCGGUUCCUCUCGGCACUCCUCCCCAGCCCCAGGCCGCUCAGAAUGCCUCGUUAAGCAACGACAACACCCCCAAGACGGACAAGGGCAAGAAGCACAAGAGAGGCUCCUCGAGCUGGUUCCCCAAGAUUUCUCGGUGGUCUGAGUCAACGGCCACGAGCGUAAGCAAGGCCUUCCGUGGCAGCGGCUCUAGCAAGAAGGAACAGGAUGAAGAGUUCCUGCAACAUCCUCCGUCCCGGUCCGGAUCGGACCUUCGCUAUGACGACCGCUAUCAAAACGACUACGGCAGUGACCAGUUGCACUCUGGCUUCUCCCAGCAGGACCUCGCUGCCCCUAAACCGCCUCAUCUGGAGAACGUGCCUCCCGCUCCCUACAUGACUCCGGAGGACCCCAAGUACAAGGCACACCGCAACUCAGUCAACCUUCAACACCCUCAACCUCGUCAAGGACAGACUGAGCGAUUCAAGGCGGCGCUUGAGAGCCAAGCGUACGAGUACGACACGCCUAUGUCCCCCAGGUCUGCAGACUGGGCCGGUUCGGCUACCAGCCUCCAUCGCUUCCCCCCGAACGGCAACAGCUACAGCAAUGGGUCUGGCGCGACAGGGGGUGACUACCCCAGCCCGCCGUCCGCCGGCCCCCCGCGACCUCCCAAAGAACCGAUAGAAGAAAGGUCACACACACCUGCCAAGAAGCGCAUCUCCAACUUGGCUUUGAAGUCAAGCCCUCUGCCGUACAAUAGCGUAGAGAGUGGUUACGGCACCGGCCCCGGCACCCAUGCGACUAGCAACUACACCGACAGUCCUAAGCUGGAGAACCGCAACCUCACCGGAGCCCGUGGCAUGCCGGCCCGUCGGCCUAGUGGGCCCCGGGCAAUGACCCCAAGGAGUGCGGAAGAAGAGGCCGCCAGGGAAGAGCGACGCCGCAAGAGAGACACGUUCGGCACAGUCGCCAGUAACGAGACCGACACCUUUUAG